AUGUUCGGGUGCUGUGUGGCCGGCCGCCUUCUCCAAACGAACCUUCAACAAAUAGACGAGACACACGCGAUGUUCGAGCUGCCUAACGCGAGCACAAUCAACCACAUCUGUGUAUUCUUGCUGGGUACAGUACCUUUCCCGGACGGCUACGGCGCGACCGUCCACCUCCACUGGCCCGGCAAGGGCUUUCAACUCCUAGGCAUGCUCUCCAAUGACAAGCCUUCCGCCAUCUUCCGCCUCCGCGGCACCUUCUCCUCGCAAUCCACAAAGUCCGCUCUCUUCACGAACGGUGCACCAGGCACGUUCGACGCGGCCACACCAGCGGAUGUCACAGCCAUCCUCGGGAUCGCCAUCGAGCCCCUCUCGACGAUCGAGGCCGAGAUGGCUGCGCUCCCCAACGCCGUCGCGCGCCCGGCGAACACGCAGCCCGACGCGACCCUCCUCGCCGAGCGGAUAGUCAAACACUUGUUCAAUUACGUGUCCGGGUUCAUGGGCGGCGGGCGAGUUACGCCCGAGAGCAUCAUGCCGAUGGCGAUGAUCGCGAAGUGGUACGAGACUUUCGUGGGGAAGGUGCGGAAUACGGGUAUCGGGUUUCUGGAGAAUCAGGAGUAG